AUGCUUCUGUGUUAUAUCAAAAGUACAGAGCUGCGAAAGCACACGUCAUCGACAUUGUCGAUCACUAGUGGGAUGAAGGUUAGCGGUUCAGGUGGCCGAGGCGAUAGCGGCGUAGUGGGCGAGGAAGCCGGCAUAGCAUUGGUUAGCAUACAUUCCGACUAUCCCCGCUACACCGAAGAACGUACCGGGUUGGUGUGCAAGGGUACCAGCUUAGUAGGUUCCAGUGGUAAUAUAACCGGCAGUAAACACAAACCAAACGUCGGAUACAGACUGGGUAGGCGUAAAGCACUUUUCGAAAAACGAAAAAGAAUCAGUGAUUACGCUCUAGUGAUGGGAAUGUUUGGAAUUAUAAUCAUGGUCAUCGAGAAUGAGUUGGCCAGUGCAGGAGUAUACUCGAAAACGUCAUUCUAUUCUACGUCACUGAAAACGCUCAUAUCCGUAUCCACCAUCAUUCUGCUGGGUUUGAUCAUGGCCUACCACGCGCUCGAAGUACAGUUGUUCAUGAUUGACAAUUGCGCGGACGACUGGCGGAUCGCGAUGACGUGGCAGCGGAUCGCCACCAUCACGAUGGAGCUGGUGAUCUGCGCGAUCCACCCGAUCCCUGGCGAGUAUUACUUCGAGUGGAAAACCAAGCUGGCCAACAAGCACGGAAAGCUGGAGACACGGUGGGUGCCAUACGACGUGCCGCUGUCGCUGCCGAUGUUCUUCCGGCUGUACCUCAUCUGCCGGGUCAUGUUGCUGCACAGCAAGCUGUUCACGGACGCAUCGUCCCGCAGCAUCGGCGCCCUGAACCGGAUCAACUUCAACACGAGGUUCGUGCUCAAGACGCUCAUGACCAUAUGCCCGGGCACGGUGCUCCUCGUGUUCAUGGUGUCCCUGUGGAUAAUCGCCAGCUGGACGCUCAGACAGUGCGAGAGGUAA